AAAACUCAACAUUUUCGUCCCAAAUUUCUUUGUAACCUUAGAUCGGACCUUUAGAUACGUUUUUCUGGACAAAAACAGUUUUCCGGCGACCGGAGACUAACGGCGUUAGGGUUCUGAUAGUCAGGGUCCAUUGGUGGCCAAUAUGUUAAUAGUUGGGACUACCGGUGGUUAUUUUUGAAGUUAGGACUGUUGGCGACCAACGACGAAUAGGUGGAAUUAUUAAAAUCCAAUAUUCCAUUACUUAAUUAUUAUUUUAUUACUAAAUAUUACUAUAUAAUUAUGCAUAUUUAUUGUGGCUGUUAUUCUCCCACGCUUACGGGGGUAUAUAUCCAAUCUUCAAUCAAACUUGCAGCCCAUUUCCUCUAUUUUUCUGUUUUCGAAAGCACCAAGAUGACAUCUUUGCUCCCAAAUGUUCAUACAAAUCUUGUCAGACAUCACUCAAUUACUCCAUCACAGUUCAAUCACACAUUUCCCAUUGGUUCAUCAAACACCCAAAUCCGAAAACAAGAAAGAACUCUUCCCACAUUAAUCGUCCACUGCAAUCUCUCUUCUCCACCCAAAUCCAAAGAAGAAGCCAUAAAGCAAGCCAAAAUCUGCCUCACAUCAACCUUAGAAAAACCCCUAAACAACCCCAAACUCACUGCUGGCAAGCUCAAGAAACUAAAACAACCAAGAUUCCGUGUCGAAAUCCCGGUCGUUGACGACUCACCGAAUUCGUUAACUCAACUUGCACUCCAAGUGUUCGAUGAAAUGCCGCUGAAAAGAAAAGGGUCUAAAGUGAAAGUAUUGAUCAUAUGGCCUACUUCUACACUAACAGAAGCUGCUAAUGAAUUAUCAUUUGAGUCUGUUGAACAUGUUGAUGUUAGUUCAUUAACGAAUGUGGGAGUGGGAGAUAGUGUGGGCAGGGUUUUGAAUUCUGCUGAUGUGGUGGUGUUUUUGACACCAGAAGCUUCACAAGUGGAAGUGAUGGAGACGGUUACCAAUGGCGUGUAUCCGAAGCCCGUGGUGAUGUUCAACCCCAGGUGGAGUUAUGAUGAUGAGGAGAGUAAUCUGGGUGGUUUUACGGACUUUUUGGGAUCGUUUGAAGUUGUUUAUUCGUUUAUGGGAUUAGAGGUUAGGGGACUGUUGAGUAAGAGAAAUGGUGUGGUUUUUAAAUGUGUUAGGGAUGGGGUUUUGAGUGGUGAGAUGUGGAGUGUGUUGGUUGAAGAAGAAGGGGAGUUGAAAGUGGUUUCGAGGUUUAAGACACGACCUUCGAUUGUUGAAGUUGAGAAUGUAUUGUAUAAUUUGAUGGCUAUUAAUUCUCCAAUUACUAAGUCUGCAAAGUUCUUGAAAGGAUUGGUUUCUAAUGUAACCGGAAAAAAGACCUGAUGAAUUUAUCUGAAAAAUUGACACAUUUGGUCCAUAAUGCCCGAAGCUCAGGAAUUGCAAUAUCUAACCUUGGUUUUGCUCUGAUUUUAAAAUGGAUAACAGCAGCACAUUCUGCGUUCUCUAUGCUUGUAUUCUCUUGAUACGCAAGGCCUAACAUAUGCUAGAAAAGAUCAAUGAUAUAUUGAUGUGAACAUACCCAUGAAAUGCUAUCAAACCUAGCGGUAAUGUUCCUAAUUGCCACAACUUAAGAUACGACUUCAAAUUAUCAUAAGAAAACAUGCUAUUAGAGUUCUUUAAUCUUUUCUUUUGUCAUUUUUUUUGGCUUGAAUAACUUACUCUUCAAGCCAGCACUGGUAAUUUUGACUUAUGAUUGUAUUUCUCCAAACUUCAAGAUCAAAUAUGUUCAUACCGUACGCCCACACACAUUCUUUUGCACUGAUUUUUUUUUAUCUUUAGGAUGAGAAUAGUUCAAGUAGCUUUUGAACUGUUUUGACGUUUCAAGUUUAUCCCCACCUUUAGGCCAUGUGUAGUCAUAAAGCCCCUUUGGGGGCGUUAUGCGACAAGUGGCACGCCACGUCAUAGAGGGCUUUAUGGGGUGUUAUAUCACUAAAGCGCGUAGUCAUAAAGCCCCUACCUCAUCAUUACUCAAUUAAUUAAUUUUCAAUUUUUUAUAAUUAAUUUCUAACUUUAUAAAAUUAAAAACCAUUUCAUUAAAUUAAAAACAUUACACUAAAAUAAAAAAAAAAAAAACAUUACAAUAAAAUAAAAAAAACA